CUGUGCGAACUAAUACUUAUGGAUAAAAUAAAAUAACGAUGAAACAAAGUUCAUGUUUGAGUGCAUAAGGGUUCAAAAGGCUGAGAACAAUCGUAUGCAACUAAUGCAUGAUCGUUUGCAGAGGCAGGCUGCAUUGGAGGAGAGGACAAAAAGGUACUUUAUGCAAAGGCUGACUUGGGAAAACAAGUACAGGGAGCGUGUACAAUCUGCAAUACAGAAGUGUAAUGCUGGUGAGAAGAGACGAUUGGGGCUGCUUGAAUCUGAGAAAAGACGGGUACAGAGUAGGCUCUUGCAGAUUCAACUUGCUGUGAAGACUGCCUCUAACCAGAGAAAAUCUGAGAGGAGCAAGUUAAAUGAGCAAUUAGAAGAAAAGCUUCAGAAGCAUUUGGCGAGGCUAUGCUUCACACCAUUGGUUAUAUUUAUGUCCAGCAAGCAGCAAGAGAACUCGGAAAAAGUAGAGUUUACAUAGGUGUACCAUUUAUAGCUGAAUGGGUUAGAGACAAAGGACACCACAUUAAAUCACAGGUUAAUGCUGCUUCAGGUACUUUUCAAGGACACCCCUAAUGUAAUUAUUUUAUACCUUGAAGCAUAUGAC